GGGUUGCUGGUGUGCUGCAGGGGGCGGCCGGAUGUCGGACGUGCCGGCAAGCCCGCCGGGCGGCGGUGGAAGCGGCGACGGCGGUGACUUCGGCAGCGUCAGGGAGCAGGACAGGUUCCUACCCAUCGCCAACAUCGGCAGCAUCAUGAAGAAGGCCAUCCUGGCCAACGGCAAGAUCGCCAAGGACGCCAAGGAGACCUUGCGGGAGUGCGUCUCGGAGUUCAUUGCUUCAUCGCCAGCGAGGCGAGAGACAAGUGCCAGAGGGAGAAGCGCAAGACCAUCAACGUCGACGACCUGCUCUGGGCGAUGGCCACGCUCGGCUUUGAGGAGUACAUUGAGCCCCUCUAUCUGCAGAAGUACAGAGAGGUUGCUGACUUUGGUCUGGCCAAGAUCCAGCACGAAGACGACACAACCAUGUGUCUAUGCUGGUGAUGGGGACUUUCGGGAAGAAGAAGGCUGUUCACAAGAAGAUGGCAGGAAGAAGCAGGCUGAUUCGAUUCGAUCCUCAAGAUGCUGGCCUUUCAUGUUUCUUUGCGAGCAUCAGGACAAAGAAGUUGGAAGAAGCAUAGUUCUAGCUCAUUGGAGCUAGUUCUAGGAGUAAUGAAGCCCUUUAGACUGAUCCUAUUUGUAUGUGUGUUAUAUGAUGUAGACUGUACACUUGUAGACUCAUGUGGUAGACUGUACACUUGUAGGGCUCAUGUGAUACUCAUGUGGUAGACUGUACACUUGUAGAGCUGUUAUCCAAUUGUAAACUUGAUGUUGAUCACAUUUGUACGUAUGCUAUAUGAUGUAGCAGAUUGCUUCUUGCUGUUACUUGAAGUAUUGUGUCAGUUUUCUGUAUUGGUAUAUUGAAAUAUGAAGAACAUGACCUUGAUAGCAGGGUCCCACGAACCAAAACGCCAGAUUUGGGACCUAUUUACCAGAAUUUGACAAUUGGGGUGCAUAAAAAAAG